AUGAUGUUUUCACCUAUUUACGUAUUAUUCAGCCUUUUGUAUCUGCCUGGUGUCACCGCUUGGGGAGUCCUUGGUCAUGACACCACAGCGUGGGUCGCCAGUCACUUUGUCUCUGAAGCGACUGCAGAGUAUUUGAAAGAUCUCCUUCACAACCACGACGAGGAUUACUUGGCUAGUAUUGCAACAUGGGCGGACAGACCUGGAAACAGCCGCCGCACUGACCAUUUCAUCGAUGCUCACGACGAUCUAGCAAACGGGAACUGCAAUGUCAACUAUGCGCGGGAUUGCAAGCAAGAAGGAUGCGUGAUAAGUGCCCUUGCUGAAUACACUGAGCAGGCUUUGGCUCCUGCGACGGGCAAUGGGGGCAUCAACCAAGCUGUGAAGUUGCUUGUGCACUUCAUAGGGGACUUGCAUCAGCCACUACACAACGAAGACGUUGCCCAAGGGGGAACCCAGUUUCACGUUCGUUGGGAAUCCUCGGACAGGACAUUGCAUAAGGUGUGGGAUACUCAGAUUGCCGAGAAACUCACCGAGGAGCUUGGAGGUAGGCCCGCAGACCGUGCUUCCAGAUGGGCGGACCAGCUUGCAAGAAAAAUCACAGAUGGAGAGUUCGCGGAUCAGAGGCGCGAGUGGCUGAAAUAUUUGGACGUGAGGAACCCAAACGGGACCGCGAUGAUUUGGUCUCAAGAAACAAACAAGCUGGUGUGCAGCAAUGGUGAGAAUCGCCGUUAUAUGUUGUUUUACUCUCUUGAAUUACUCCUCAUUUACAUGUUCUCAGUUUUCCCGCGUGGUUUCGGUCCCGACCAAAUCAGAGGAAAAGAGCUUAGCGAAAAUUACUAUGAUCAAGCCUGGCCAGUUAUCGAGAGACAAGUCGCUCGGGCUGGUUAUCGUAUGGCAGCUUGGCUUGACGCUGUGGCCGAGCAGAUUAAUGGUCGUGGGCAAGGAGAACUUUGA